UUUUCUUUUCAUUUAGUGGUGCGGGUGGCAAAGAUGAAGGAGACGGUCUCGCAUAAAGCGCCGAAGGUCAUAAAACGGCUUCAGUUCAGUACACUUAACUCUCAGGAUGUGGUCAAAAUCUCAGAAUUCCAAGUAACACAUCGGGAUCUGUACACUGCCACAGACCGAGUACCCGUAAAAGAUGGUGUCCUCGACAGACGGCUGGGUACGUCCGAGAAGAACGCAUUUUGCGAGACCUGUGGACUGAAUAGUGUGGACUGUGUGGGCCACUAUGCGUAUAUCAAGCUGGUCGUGCCCGUUUUCCACAUCGGGUACUUCAAGCAUACGAUUGGUAUAUUGCAGUGUAUAUGUAAAACCUGUGCUCGCGUUCUACUCGAAGAACCUGACCGUCGCGUUUUCAUUAAACGUUUCCGCCGUCCCAACCUCGAAAAUGUCCAACGACAAGCCAUCUUCAAAGCCGUCAAUGGCGCUGCCCGUAAAACAGUUUACUGCCCAUAUUGUUCCGCCACAAAUGGAGCCGUCAAGAAGGCGGGUGCCUUGAAGAUCGUACAUGACAAGUUCCGCGCGAAGAAAACGGCUGAGGAGAUGGAGAAGUUCAAGAGGAGUUUUGCACCGGCGGUGGAGGCGCAGAAGGAGCUCGGGCAGUAUAUCAAUAAAGCGGUCAUGGAGGAUUUGAACGCGUUGAAGGUGUUGGAUCUGUUCAAGAGAAUUUCAGCAGAGGACUGCGAAUUGCUUGGGCUGCGGCCAGAGUAUAACAGACCAGAAGAGUUCAUCUGGCAGUAUAUCUCAGUACCUCCAGUCUGUAUCCGACCAUCCGUGCAGCAGGACGGAGCUUCGAAUGAAGACGAUUUGACCGUCAAACUCACCGAGAUCGUCUUUACUAAUGCACUCAUCCGACAAGGUCUCGCCAAAGGUGCUCCCACCGCACAAUUGAUGGAACAAUGGGAAUUCCUCCAACUCUCCGUAGGCAUGUACAUCAACUCCGAAAUGCCUGGCGUUCCCUCUCAGAUGGGCCAAAAACCCAUUCGCGGUUUCUGCCAACGUCUCAAAGGCAAGCAGGGUCGUUUCCGAGGCAACCUCUCCGGAAAGCGUGUCGACUUCUCUGGCCGUACCGUUAUAUCCCCUGACCCGAAUCUGCGCAUCGACGAGGUCGCCGUUCCAGAGCGUGUGGCGAAAAUAUUGACGUAUCCCGAGAGGGUUACCGGUUUCAACAUUGAUAGGCUGAGGAAGGCGGUGAGGAAUGGGUGCGAUGUGCAUCCUGGGGCGAAUUAUGUGACGGCGGGUAGUAGUGGGUUCAAGAAGUAUCUGAAGUUUGGGAACAGGGAAGGGAUUGCCGAUGGGUUGAGGACGGGAGAUAUAGUAGAGAGGCAUAUUAUUGAUGGGGAUAUAGUGCUGUUCAAUCGACAGCCGAGUUUGCACAAGCUUUCUAUCAUGUGUCAUCGAGUCAAAGUUAGGCCAUGGCGAUCUUUCCGUCUCAACGAGUGUGUCUGUAAUCCUUACAACGCCGACUUCGACGGUGACGAAAUGAACCUUCACGUCCCUCAAACCGAGGAAGCCCGCACCGAAGCCCUUGAACUCAUGAACGUCAAACACAACAUGGUCACGCCACGAAACGGAGAGCCCGUCAUCGCCGCCAUCCAAGACUUCAUCACCGCCUCGUACCUUCUCUCCCGCCGCGACCAAUUCUUUGACCGUCGCCAAUUCACGCAGAUUUGCUCCUACUUUGCGGAUGCAGACCUACAAAUCGAUAUCCCACCACCGACGAUCUGGAAACCUGUACGCCUAUGGACGGGUAAGCAGGUCUUCAACGUCCUCAUGCAUCCAAACAAGAAGUCGAAUGUGCUGGUGAAUGUGGAGACGAAGUGUAAUAACCAGCAGAAGCCGGAUUCAAAAGCAUAUCCAAGGAUUAAGGACCCGGCGCCGGAUUUGAGCCCAAAUGAUGGGUGGUUGGUUAUUGUGAACAGUGAGAUCAUGUGUGGAGUCAUGGACAAGGCGACUGUGGGAGGAGGUAAGAAGAAGAUGGUGUUUGGAAUCAUCAUGAGAGAUUACGGGCCACACGAGGCCGCAGCUGCUAUGAACAGGUUGGCGAAGCUUUGCGCGAGGUGGCUCGCCAACUUUGGUUUCUCACUUGGCAUCAACGAUGUCAUACCCGGUCCUAUCCUUUCGGAGAAGAAGGAUGAUCUGGUCGAGAAGGCGUAUGCCAAAUGUCUGGACAUGAUUACGCUUGCCAAGAAGGGUAAACUGGAGAACAAGCCAGGUUGUGAUCAGGAGCAGACGUUGGAAGCCAUGAUCUCCGGUGUGCUUUCAAAGGUUCGAGAGGAAGUCGGUCAGAUAUGCAUGGAGGAACUCAGCAGGCAUAACGCACCCCUUAUCAUGGCUACCUGUGGUUCAAAAGGUUCCGUCAUCAAUGUAUCCCAGAUGGUCGCCUGUGUUGGGCAACAAAUUAUUGCAGGUCACCGUGUCCCCGAUGGCUUCCAAGACCGUUCUCUUCCGCACUUCCCCAAGAAAUCCCGCGAACCGCCAUCAAAGGGUUUCGUCCGCAAUAGUUUCUACUCUGGUCUCAGUCCCACCGAGUUCCUUUUCCACGCCAUCUCCGGCCGAGAAGGUCUUGUCGACACAGCGGUCAAGACCGCUGAGACAGGUUACAUGCAACGGAGGCUGAUGAAGGCGUUGGAGGAUCUGACGACACAGUAUGAUUUGUCGGUGAGGAAUGCGACGGGUGGGGUUGUACAGUUCAGAUAUGGUGACGAUGGUCUGGAUCCUGCCUGUCUAGAAGGAGAUGCGCAACCUAUCGAGUUCGUCAGAGCCUGGAGUCAUGCCGCCUCCAUAGCGGGCCGGUCUUUGCGUGGUCUGCUCCCGUACGAAGUAUUGGAGAUUACCGACCGCGAGUUGGCCAAGCAGAGGUUCACUGUUGAGUGCAGUGCAGCCUACAUUGCGACUAUUCGUAGCUUCGUUCUCGAGAAUGUGGCAACUCGGUUGGCCGAUGCACGACAAAGUCGUGGCAUGUUCGAUGCGCUCUAUCGAGAGGCAGAGUGGGAUGAGGAGACAGAUCUGUCUAUGGGAGCUACUGCGGCGGAAAAGGCCAUAGUCGACAACAAGGCGAAAGUCACAGAAGACCAGCUCCUUUCGUUCUUGAACAUCUGUUGGACGAAAUACGUCCGCGCAAAGAUCGAGCCUGGUUCUACUGUCGGCGCCGUGGGUGCCCAGUCCAUUGGUGAGCCAGGAACGCAGAUGACCUUGAAGACUUUCCAUUUCGCCGGUGUUGCCUCCAUGAACGUCACGCUGGGUGUACCUCGUAUCAAGGAGAUUAUAAAUGCAGCGAAGGUCAUCAGCACGCCAAUCAUUAGUUGCAAACUCGUCACUGCAGAUUCGGAGCCAUCGGCUCGUAUCGUUAAAGGGCGGCUGGAAAAGACCCACCUGGGAGAUAUCGCCGCUGUACUAGAAGAAGCUUGGGCUCCAGAGUACACUUACAUUGGUAUUAUGGUUGAUAUGGAGAGUGUGCAGAAACUUCAGCUCGAAUUGACUCUCGACGACAUCAAAUGGGGAAUCGUCAAAGCGAAGAAGCUCAAAGUCAAACAGGAGCAAAUCACCAUCAUCCCCAAGAAGAAUCGUCUACGACUUUACAUCGACGGUCAGGACAAAUAUUAUCGACUGCGUGAACUCAAGAGACUGCUGCCGGACGUUGUGGUGAAAGGUGUCCCGACUAUCGCUCGUGCUGUCAUUAACGUCAAAGACAAGGAUGACGGCCGAGGUAAGAAGGGCGACCGAGAAUUGCUUGUCGAAGGAUACGGUCUUCAAAAGGUUAUGACAACCGAAGGUAUCGUCGGCGAACAAACUUCGUCCAACCACGUUAUCGAAACCGCCCAGGUUCUGGGUAUCGAAGCCGCACGGUUGACCAUCAUCAACGAGAUUCAGUACACCAUGGGCUCGCACGGAAUGAGCAUCGAUCCCCGACAUGUCAUGUUGCUCGGCGAUGUAAUGACCUAUAAGGGCGAGGUUCUGGGUAUCACUCGCUUCGGUGUCGCAAAGAUGAAGGACAGCGUCUUGAUGUUGGCAUCCUUCGAGAAGACGACUGAUCAUUUGUUCGACGCAUCCGCAUGGGGCAAGACGGACAGCGUGGCAGGUGUGUCGGAAAGUAUCAUCAUGGGCAACCCUGCCGCAAAUUGUGGCACGUCGAUGCCUGCAUUGUAUUCACCAGCCCCUAGAAUCAGUAAACCGAGGAAGUUACUGUUUGAGGAUGCGCUCUAGGUGUUUUGUCGCCUUUUGUGUCCGCCGCUGCCCAUCUAACUUUAUUGUAUGUACCACCUCUGCUAUCAUGCUAGUCUUUGAGUACACGUUGCGUGUUGUUCCUU